AUGAAAAAUUAUGUUGUGAAGAAUAUCAUUAUCAAUAAUGAUAAUGUAAUUGAUAAUUUUCUUGAUUUAUUGUUUUAUAUUAGAAAGAAGAAAAUGGUUGUCGAUAAACUUGAAGGUGGAGAGAAUUCAUUUAAAGUUGGAGGAGAGAAUGAUAACGUAGAAUUCAAAACACGAAGAAUUUUUUUUAAAUUAGAAAUAAUUGAUGGUGAGAUACGUCGUGGCGAUCUUGUUUUUGGUAAACCGAAAGAGGGACUGUAUGUUGAGUAUCAAGGUGCAGGUUGGAAAGAGAUGUAUGGUGAUGAAUGA